AUGAGGAAGUGGACAAUACCUUCCGUUCUGUUUCUACUAUGCCUUCUGUCUCUCCUUCCAGAUCAAGGGAGGAAAAUACAAGCUCACGCGGAAAGUGAUUCCGACGUGCCGGUAGAUCCGCCGAAGGUGGAAGAAAAGAUAGGCGCUGUUCCGAGUGGUUUAUCCACAGAUUCCGAUGUCACUAAAAGGGAAGCUGAGUCGAUCUCGAGGAGAUCUCUUCGCGCAAAUGCGGAGAAGUUUCAGUUCCAGGCGGAGGUGUCUCGGCUUAUGGAUAUUAUUAUCAACUCUCUUUAUAGUAAUAAGGAUAUUUUCUUGAGGGAAUUGAUCUCCAAUGCUUCUGAUGCACUGGACAAGAUUAGAUUCCUGUCACUUACUGAUAAGGAAGUUUUGGGUGAAGGCGACAAUGCUAAGCUCGAGAUCCAGAUUAAGUUGGAUAAAGAAAAGAAAAUACUUUACAUCCGGGAUAGAGGAAUAGGCAUGACAAAAGAAGAUUUGAUCAAGAAUUUGGGAACCAUUGCCAAGUCUGGAACUUCUGCAUUUGUGGAGAAAAUGCAGACGAGUGGAGAUCUUAACCUUAUCGGUCAAUUUGGUGUUGGAUUCUACUCUGUGUAUCUUGUUGCAGACUAUGUAGAAGUUAUCAGCAAACACAAUGAUGACAAACAGCAUGUGUGGGAGUCGAAGGCUGAUGGAGCUUUUGCCGUUUCUGAGGAUGUGUGGAACGAGCCACUUGGUCGUGGAACUGAAAUUAGAUUGCACCUCAGAGAUGAAGCUCAAGAGUACUUGGAUGAGUACAAGUUAAAGGAAUUGGUGAAGAAAUAUUCUGAAUUCAUCAACUUCCCCAUACACCUCUGGGCUAGCAAAGAAGUUGAUGAGGAGGUUCCUGCCGAUGACGACGAGUCCAGUGAUGAAGAUGAAACACCUGAAAGUAAAUCUUCCGAGGAAGAAGAGGAAGAGGAGUCCGAUAAAGAAGAAGACGAGAAAAAACCUAAGACAAAGACAGUGAAGAAAACAACUUAUGAGUGGGAACUUUUGAAUGACGUGAAAGCUAUAUGGCUACGAAAUCCAAAGGAGGUGACAGAUGAAGAAUACACUAAAUUCUAUCACUCCCUUGCCAAGGAUUUUGAUGAUGAGAAGCCUCUAGCAUGGAGUCACUUUACGGCAGAAGGUGAUGUUGAAUUCAAGGCUGUGUUGUUUGUACCUCCCAAGGCUCCUCAGGAUCUGUACGAGAGCUACUACAACUCAAACAAAUCCAAUUUGAAAUUAUAUGUCAGAAGGGUCUUUAUUUCAGAUGAAUUUGAUGAACUUCUGCCAAAGUAUCUGAACUUCUUGAGGGGUCUUGUUGAUUCCGAUACCUUACCACUUAAUGUAUCGAGGGAAAUGCUACAACAGCACAGCAGUUUGAAAACAAUCAAGAAGAAACUCAUCCGCAAGGCCCUUGAUAUGAUCCGCAAACUUGCAGAGGAGGACCCUGAUGAAUCUAAUGACCAAGACAAGAAAGACAUUGAAGAAUCCAGUGACAGCAAUGAGAAGAAAGGUCAAUAUGCAAAAUUCUGGAAUGAAUUUGGCAAGUCAAUUAAACUUGGUAUUAUUGAGGAUGCAACUAACAGAAACCGCCUGGCGAAACUUCUUCGAUUUGAGACAACAAAGUCAGACGGUAAAUUAACUUCACUAGAUCAAUACAUCUCAAGAAUGAAGGCAGGACAGAAAGAUAUCUUCUAUAUUACUGGAACAAGCAAGGAACAGUUGGAGAAAUCUCCAUUCCUUGAGAGGCUUACAAAGAAAAAUUAUGAGGUUAUUUUCUUCACAGAUCCAGUGGAUGAAUAUUUAAUGCAAUAUCUGAUGGAUUACGAAGACAAGAAAUUCCAGAAUGUGUCCAAGGAGGGACUGAAACUUGGGAAGGAUUCAAAAGACAAGGAACUCAAGGAGUCAUUUAAGGAGUUGAACAAAUGGUGGAAGAGUGCUCUUGCCAGUGAGAACAUUGAUGAUGUAAAGAUAAGCAACCGUUUGGCCGACACCCCAUGUGUAGUCGUAACCUCAAAAUAUGGUUGGAGUGCAAACAUGGAGAGGAUAAUGCAGUCACAAACAUUAUCAGAUGCUAGCAAGCAGGCUUACAUGCGUGGUAAGAGGGUGCUUGAAAUUAACCCAAGGCACCCAAUCAUCAAGGAGCUUAGGGAGAGAGUUGUAAAAGACCCCGAGGAUGAAAGUGUGAAGCAAACUGCACGACUCAUAUACCAAACAGCACUAAUGGAGAGUGGCUUCAUCCUCAAUGAUCCAAAGGAUUUUGCCUCCCGAAUCUAUAGCUCAGUAAAAAGCAGUCUCAACAUCAGUCCUGAUGCUUCAGUCGAGGAGGAAGAUGAUGUCGAGGAAGUUGAGAUGGAUUCCAGCACGAAUGAAGCAGAAUCUUCGUCCACAACUGAGGAUGCUCCUACAGAUGAUGCUGAUACCGAGCCUUCUGCUGUCAAGGAUGAGUUGUAG